CAAAAAGAUUGGCAGAAGACCUUGAUAGAUGGCUCAGAGCAUCUGGCCUAGUGAAAUCUCCUCAUGUACGAGGGGUGAUUGCGCCUCAUGCAGGUUACUCAUAUUCAGGUCGUGCAGCUGCGUAUGCAUUUGCAAACAUGGACCCAAUGAGCAUGUGAGAUCUUAGUGUCCUCCCUUUCUUUGUUUGAGAAUAUCCUGUCCCUCCUUCCUUUUUCAAUUGAAGUUCACUCACUCAAUUUAUUUCUGAUUUAUAAUUUACAAUUUUUAGUUCUCGGGUGUUUCUUCUGGGCCCAUCUCACCACUACUAUACUCCAAAGUGUGCUCUUUCAAGAGAAACUGUUUAUAAGACACCAAUUGGGAACCUACCUAUUGAUCUAGAAGUCAACGAGGAGUUGAAAGCUGCAGGGAAAUUUGAACUGAUGGAUCUUCAUGUUGAUGAGACUGAACAUAGCAUGGAGAUGCACUUGCCAUAUCUUGCUAAAAUAUUUGAUGGGUAUCCUGUAAAAAUUGUACCUAUUUUGGUUGGUGCACUCAAUGCUGUAAAUGAAGCAAUGUACGGGCAGAUGCUAGCCAAAUAUGUGGAUGAUUCAUAUAAUUUCUUCUCUGUAUCCUCAGACUUUUGUCAUUGGGGCUCUCGGUUCAACUACAUGCAUCAUGACAAAACACAUGGAGCAAUCUACAAAUCUAUCGAGGCCUUGGAUAAGAUGGGCAUGAAUGUAAUAGAAACGGGAGAUCCAGAUGCAUUUAAACAGUACUUGUUGGAGUAUGACAACACUAUUUGUGGACGGCAUCCAAUCAGUGUUUUUCUCCAUAUGUUGAAGAACAGCUCCACAAAAAUAAAGAUUAAAUUCCUUCGAUAUGAACAGUCUAGUCAAUGCAAGAGCAUGAGGGAGAGCAGUGUAACUUAUGCAUCUGCAACAGCAAAGCUGGAUGCGUGAAAAUAUUUUUAUGUAUGAUAGGAAGCCUAUUUGCCCUUUCCUAAUUUUAGUCUCUUAUUAUUGAAUCAACUGUAAAAUAUUGAACCUAUUACUCUUUCCUAAUAAAUCAAAGUUUCCUUUGGU